AUGUCGACCGACGAAUCACUGAUCAAAGCGGAAAAGGACUACACCGAGGAGCUGGACGCCCAGCUGCCCGAGAUCCGCACUCUCGCCAAAUCCAACAUUGCUGCUGCGCUCGAAAAGCUGCUGGUGCUGGAGAAGCAGACCCGACAGGCUUCUGACCUGGCCUCUUCCAAGCGGGUGCUCAAGGAGAUUGUGGAGACGACCAAGGAUGCGGAUAAGGACUGGUCGCUGCUCAAUGAGCAGGUUCAGCUGCUGUCCAAGAAGCAUGGCCAGCUCAAGACGGCAAUUGGCUACAUGAUCCAGAGUGUCAUCGACCUGCUGGACAAGGCCCCGUCUGAGGCCACCAAGAUCGCCACCAUCGAGAACAUCCGAACUGUCACUGAGGGCAAGAUUUUUGUGGAGGUUGAGCGAGCACGAGUGACUCUGACUCUGGCUAAGAUUCGAGAGGCUGAAGGUGAUAUCGCCACUGCUUGCGACAUUCUGUGUGAGCUGCAGGUCGAGACCUACGGCUCUAUGGACCAGCGAGAGAAGACAGAGUUCAUUCUCAAGCAGGUGGAGCUAUGUAUUCUCAAGGGCGACUUCACCCAGGCUCUCAUUUUGUCGCGAAAGAUCCUGGUGCGCUACUUUGAGAACCCUGAUGUCCACGAUCUCAAGCUCAUCUACUACGACUACAUGAUCAAGAUCUCUCUGCACGAUCACAAGUACCUGGACGUUGCCCAGCAUUACCUGCACGUCUACGACACUCCCAGCGUGGUGGCUGACCCUGCCCAGUGGAAGCCCGUGCUCACUCACAUUGUCUAUUACCUUGUGCUGGCGCCCUUUGACAAUCUGGAGUCCGAUCUCCUGCACAAGAUCAACCUCGACCACAAGCUGCAAACGCUGCCACUACAGGCCGAGCUGGUCAAGAACUUCAUUGCCAACGAGCUGAUGCGAUGGCCGAAGGUGGAAGAGGUGUAUGGCAAGGAGCUGCGACAGAGCGACGUCUUCUCGCCCAAGGAGGACGACGGCGACCGACGGUGGGAUGAUCUGCGAAAGCGGGUCAUUGAACACAACAUCCGAGUAGUGUCCAAAUACUACACUCGAAUCCGAACCGCUCGACUGACCCAGCUGUUGGAUCUCACCGAGAAGGAGACCGAGGAGUUCAUUUCGUCACUGGUGACCCAGGGAACCAUCUACGCUCGAAUCAACCGACCCGAGCGAGUGGUCACCUUUGCCAAGCCCCAGGACACCAACGAUAUUCUCAACACAUGGUCUGCCAACAUUGGCACUCUGCUGGACCAUGUGGAGUCCAUUGGUCAUCUGAUCACCAAGGAGGAGAUGAUGAACGGCAUCAAGUCACAGUCUUAG